AGUCGACUGAUUGGAGACAUCCUGCCUACGCGAGAUGCGUAAAAAAAAAGCUUGGGAGGGACGAUGGCGAGACGAGGACAGAACGCCCGUUCCUUCAGAUGUCACCCAAAAACUAUUUAGCCCGCUUCGUCCCAACAGUGUUGUAGCAAAGCAACCACAGCGUGAUAUCUGUCAAGACAGCCGCAACCAUGGGUGUCUGGUUCAACGCCGCUCUUUGCGUCUUUGCGGCGACAGGUUCCUUCCUGUUCGGCUAUGACUCAGGUGUCAUGACAGACGUUAUACAGUCGCCCAACUUCCUGAGCUUUUUCAACACCGACCCGACAAGCUCAAUCAUUGGCGCCAUCAAUUCCGUCUUCUCAGGCGGGGCGGUCUUCGGCUCGCUGAUGGGCGGGUGGACAAUGGACAAAGUCGGGCGGCGCUACACGGUUCAGAUUGGCGCCAUAAUAUGCUUGAUCGGGGCCGUUUUGCAAGCUGCCGCGCAAAAUCUUGCGAUGAUCCUAGUGGGAAGAAUAUUUACGGGAUGGGCGGUGGGCUUGAUGUCGAUGAGCGUACCUAUCUAUCAAUCUGAGUGUGCGCACCCAAAAGUAAGAGGAUUGAUGGUCGGUAUCACACAGCAGAUGAUUGGUGUUGGUUUUAUUGUCUCAACCUGGGUUGGAUAUGGUUCUGCGCAUGUGCCUAGUACUAGCUCGUUCAGUUGGAGAUUUCCGCUCGCCUUCCAGGUCGUGCCCUGCAUCAUCAUUAUCUUGGGGCUUCUGUUUUUCCCCGAGUCUCCAAGACAGCUGAUAGAGAAUGACAGGGGUGAUGAAGCCAUGCGUGUGCUGCGUCGAUUGCAUUAUAAUGGGAGCAACGAUGAUUGGAUACAGCGUGAAUACCAUGAGAUCAAAACCACGAUUGAAGCUGAAAAGCAGAUCACCGCUCCAGGAUGGAAACCAAUGUUCACGGUUCCUCAGUGGCGCUCUCGUCUUAUCCAGGCUACUCUGGUCCAGGUUUUUACGCAGAUGAGCGGAAUCAAUGUCAUCGGCUACUACCAGACGAUCAUGUACGAGAACCUCGGAAUUACAGGACAUCGCAACCUCUUGGUAACAGGUAUCUACAACUGUGUUGGGCCGCUGACCAACUUUAUUUUUAUCCUAUUCAUUCUUGAUCGCGUUGGCCGCAAGAAGCCGCUUCUCUUUGGAACAGUUGGAAUCACGAUUGCACUCUUUAUUGAAGCAGGUCUUGGCUCUCGAGUCAAGCCAGGGGUACACAACGAUGGACUACAGUACACUGCAAUCGCCUUCUUGUUCCUCGUGAGUGUUAUAUUCUCUCUAUCCUUCGGGCCAGUCUCUUGGGUUUAUAUGUCGGAAGUCAUGCCAAUGCCUAUCCGAGCCAAGGGAAGCGCCUUUGCCACUGGUAUCGGUAAUUGGCUAGUCAGCACGUUUUGGGCACAAAUCUCACCAAAGGCUCUUGGACGUAUCAAGUUCAAGUUCUACUUCAUCUUUGCGGCCUUCAACAUCCUUGUCACGUUUCCUACAAUUUGGUUUGCAUUCAAGGAGACUAAGAAGCUCAGCUUGGAAGAGAUCGAUCUACUCUUUGGGGAGCGUGCAUUGGGCACAUUACCACAGGAUCUUACUGGGAUUAAAGAGAAGUCCGUCUCGACUCAUGUGGAAGAGCAAGAAGCAAAGGCCCCUGAAACUGAAGCUGCUUAAGCAAUGGUCACAUAAGGAGGUUGAUUGUGUUAUCAUCUCGUAUGAGAACUAAGUGAGGGGUUACAGAGCUAUUCGCAGAUCAUAUAUCCAGUUUAGCAGGAAGGCAAUAUGAUGACAGUGAGCAAUUCCUUGAAACUUGAUAGGCAAAGAAUUAUGGGAAGCCUUUGGCUUGAAGACUAGGUGACAUUUUCGUGAAGUUGCUAGAGGCAAAUUGGAAGUGUAGGC